UCUCAGUAAAUGCAUGGAAUGGGAAAUGGAGGGGAAAGCCCGGGAUGCCAAAUGAACGCCAAAAAAACCUUUGUUCUGCGACUUCUGUCAGAGUGUUGUCAAGAACAAAGAAGAGGGUAAACGGAGAGAGAGACAGAGGAAGUAAAAAAUAGCGUAAAUUUCUGCUGCAUCAGAUGCAUAUUCAUGGAGCAAGAGAAAACGACAAAGAGACCUCUGAAUAUUGACUGGGACAAACUCUUAGGCUGUGAAGACGAGGAGCCUCCGCCUGAUGUAGUCAUCGAGCCUCCCACCGCGGCUCCUCACCCCCAGAACCACCUUGACAUGGACUCCGAUCGGCAACAUUUGGCUAGAGAAGAAUACCAAAAGUUUAGCGAUGUCGAGCUGGAAGAUAAGAUUCGCAGAAUGAAGAGUUUCUACGAGACAAAGGCUUGUAAAUUGCCUGACAAGGGGCAAAAGUACAUUCGCACUCUGGAGCUGUGCGAGGAAGAGAGGGAAUACAGAAAGCUCCGUCGAGUUGAAAAGGAAGCUACUGGAUGCGAAAAUCUCUCACAGCCAACAACCUCAAGUAUGGUUGGUACGUCUUACGGAGCUAGGGAAAAGACUGCUUCAUCUUCAGCUGAUUCAUUGUCCACAUUCACUUCUUGUUUUUCCCGGAAGUUGGAAGAAAAAGCAGGGUGCAAUAAUGGUUCCUUCAGUCAAGAACUAUCAGUUUUGGGACAUUGUGAUAAUCGGAGACAGAGAUAUAAUGGUAGAUUAUCACCAAAGCUAAAACAGAAGGGUCAAACAUCAUCAAGACAACAGCCAUUCAAAUCUGCCAAUAAUCUUUCUUUCGAUGUUCAUAAAAAUGGCAAAAAUUCUGAUCAGUUUGAUUUUGACGUCAUUGAAAAGCUGCCUGGCUGUUUUGGGAAGAAGGAUGCUUCUCAAGUUCAGCAUUCAGAUAAUCUGAGACUUAGAGAGGGGCAGACCAUUGUAGUUGUAGACGAGGAGGAAGCUCUGGCAAUAAAAAUAUCAGAGCGUGAUGACAAAUGCAUGAAGGAGACCAAGAUCUACUAUCCAUCAAGGCACGAUCCAGAAUCAGUUGAAAUUUGUUUUGAGGACAUAAAGUGUCUUGAUCCAGAGGGUUAUUUGACAUCAACGAUCAUGAACUUUUAUAUUCGGUAUUUACAGCAGCGAGCAUGUUCAACAAAUAGGGUGAUAUGCAAUUCUCACUUUUUCAAUACUUAUUUUUAUGAAAAGCUUAAGGAGGCUGUAUCAAACAAGGGGAAGGACAAAGAAAUUUUUUUUGUCAAGUUCAGAAGGUGGUGGAAGGGCGUUAAUAUAUUUCAGAAAGCUUAUGUACUGAUUCCAAUCCACGAGGAUCUUCACUGGAGCUUGGUGAUUAUAUGUUUUCCACAUAAGGAAGAUGAAGCGGGACCCAUUAUACUUCAUUUGGAUUCACUGGGACUACACUCUAGCAGAUCAAUUUUUGAUAACAUUAAAAAUUAUAUAAAAGAGGAAUGGUGCUACUUGGAUCGAGAAGUUAGUGACUCAGAUCUUCCAAUGCCGUUUAGGAUAUGGAAAAACAUCUCUCGAAGAAUUGAAGAUAAAAUAAUCGAGGUUCCACAGCAAAAGAACGACUAUGACUGUGGUCUCUUUGUUCUGUACUUCAUAGAGCGCUUCAUUGAAGAGGCUCCUGAUAGACUAAAAAGGAAGGACUUGGAUAUGUUUGGCAAGCGGUGGUUCAAACCGCAGGAAGCAUCCGGCUUGAGGACAAGAAUAAGAAGUCUACUCAAAAUGGAGUUCCAAAUUGUAAAAAGGCAGUGCCUCUCAGGUUCUGUGGAGAAGAUCUCAUCCUCAGAUCAGCCUCCAAAGCAGUAAACUGGCAGUAUAAAGUUUUAAAUGGAAAAUGGGCACGACGUUGCAAGGCAUGCUGUGGUAAUGUAUCGUCAAUCUCACUGUUCUCGUCCUAGCAACCAAUGCAUCCUUAUCUUAGGUAUGAUCCUUUUCAAGAAAUCAGAGAUGUACAGCCUACAGAGAGUGGCUUUGUAAUAAGUUGAAAUGAUGUUGUGGGUUUCUGGGGUCACAUGACAAUUCACAACAGACAACACUAACAAAUGAAAUUAGAGGAGCUAGAAAAGCAAAAGGCCGCCCAUCACUUGGCUCCAUUUCCAAGGAAACGAGGAACAUACCCAACACUUGGCUUAGGCUAUUGCUUGGAGUUGGAGUGGAGUAAGUUGUCCAUAGGAUAGCUGUCUAUUAACAUUUUUUAACUGAGUAAAAAGUGCUGUUGGUUUAAAAGGAGCUUCCUACAUUAGAAUUUUAUACCUUGUUCUCUAUCCACUGUAGAUGUUUUGAGCAUCAGUUAAUGAGCAUUUAACUAUUUUCCUCCCUAUUGAUUUUGAUGGGAUGGCGACUGAUUAUUUUCCAAACACUUUUUAGACAAACUUUGUGGUCUUAGAAGUUAGAAGAUGAGAGCUUCAGACACAUGUACUGUACAGCAGCGUUAUUUGAAAAUGUGUUGCAGCCAGGUACAGAUAAAUUGUGAGUGGAAUGGGUGGGUAAUGUAUUUAUAUUCCCUUAUUCUUGUAAAUUUUGGAAUGAGAUCUAUUUUUUGAUCUUCAAUAUUUCUAACAACCACGUUCUAGA